ACGAGAAAAUGCAACAAAAAUAGGACUCCGACUCCACUAGAAAAUAAAAUAUUUCCCCCAAAUUUUUCUUUGGUUUUUCACUGAUUCCUUCUGCUCCUACGGAAUCUCUCUUGAAAAAUCCACCCAUUUCCAUUCCCCAAAACUUUCAAUCCAAAAUCUCAAAUCCACAGCCUUCAGAUUUCAUCCAUUGAUUUCCUGGCCCUCAGAUUUGGUAUUGUGAUGGGUGUGAAUAAUAGUGAAGGACGAUUACCAGGAGAAGCAAAGAAGAUAUUACAUUCAUUGGCAUCAAAAUGGAGUGAUAUUGUAGAUUCUAAUGAUUUACAGGUGACUCCGUUGAAAGGAGCAAUGACAAAUGAAGUGUAUCAGAUAAAGUGGCCGAAAGCAAAAGGGGAUGAUAAUCCUAGGAAGGUUCUGGUGAGGAUUUAUGGUGAAGGUGUGGAUUGUUUUUUUGAUAGGAAUGAUGAGAUUCGGACGUUUGACUGCAUGUCCAAACAUGGACAAGGGCCGAGGCUUCUUGGGAGGUUUCAGAAUGGACGGAUCGAGGAAUUUAUUCAUGCAAGGACACUAUCUGCACCUGACUUGCGUGACCCAGAGAUAUCUGCUUUAAUAGCAGCCAAAAUGUGGGAGUUCCAUGAUCUUCAUAUGCCCGGCCCAAAGGAUGUAAUCCUCUGGAAACGAUUAAGAAAUUGGCUUGUUGAGGCCAAACGUGUGUGUUCUCCUGAAGAAGCUACUGCACUUAAGUUGGAUUCCCUUGAGGCAGAAAUCUCUAUCUUGGAAAAGGCACUUUCAGGAGAGAGCAGAAGGGUUGGCUUUUGCCACAACGAUUUGCAAUAUGGAAAUAUCAUGAUGGAUGAAACAACCAGAUUAGUAACUAUAAUCGAUUAUGAGUACUCUGGUUAUAGUCCGAUCGCCUAUGAUAUUGCGAAUCACUUCUGUGAAAUGUCCGCUGAUUAUCAUUCUGAGACACCUCAUAUCUUAGAUUUCAAUAAAUACCCAGCUUUGGAGGAACGGAAAAGAUUCGUAAUUCAGUAUUUGAGUACUUCAGGCAAACAGCCAAGCGACAUUGACGUGGAAGAGCUACUUGAAGAUGUAGAGAAGUUCACCCUUGCAAGCCAUUUGGCUUGGGGCUUGUGGGGAAUAAUCUCGGAACAUGUCAAUGAAAUCGACUUCGAUUACAUGGAGUAUGCAAGGCAAAGGCUUGACCAAUACUGGUUGACGAAGCCCAAACAAUUGUCAUCUUCUUUAGACAGCAAUGAUGUCACCGUUGUGAGAUAGUUUACCUUUAAAUCCUAAACAAUUCAUUUCCUGUAAUCUUCAUUCCCAGCAGUGCAAUGUGUAAAUCAUACUUUUGAGGUUUGAAAGUUUCAUGUAAAAUAUGUACUUUGUAGCAGUAAUAAUAAUAAUUCCAGAAAUUAUCUCCAAGUUCUUAUU